GCACCGCUCUCUGCGCAUGCGCCGCGCUCACGGUGCCACAUUGGCUUUACGCAUCAGUGCAGCUAGUGGCGAUUUUAGCGUCAUGGACAACAUCAAGGAAGGCUGGUUCACCGAGACAUGCACGCUGUGGCCGGGACAAGCCAUGAGCCUCCAGGUGGAAGAGGUUCUGUACAACAAGAAGUCCAAAUUUCAAGAUGUGCUCGUUUUUAAGAGUAAAACAUAUGGAAAUGUCUUGGUGUUGGAUGGAGUGAUUCAAUGCACAGAACGAGAUGAGUUUGCUUAUCAGGAAAUGAUUGCAAACCUUGCAAUCUGUAGUCACCCCAAUCCCGAGAAGGUGCUUAUUAUUGGUGGAGGGGAUGGGGGCGUGCUCCGAGAGGUGGUCAAACAUCCACAGGUUCAAAACGUUGUUCAGUGUGAGAUCGAUGAGGACGUAAUAAAUGCAUCCAAAAAGUACCUCCCGGGAAUGGCCAAAGGUUUUUUCAGCCCAAAGCUGACCCUCCAUGUUGGUGAUGGCUUUGAAUUUAUGAAACAAAAUCAGGAUGCGUUUGACAUCAUUAUAACAGACUCCUCAGAUCCUGUUGGCCCUGCGGAGAGUCUUUUCAAAGAAUCAUACUAUCAGCUGAUGAAGACUGCAUUAAGGCCAAAUGGGAUUCUUUGCUGCCAGGGAGAGUGCCAGUGGCUUCAUUUGCAGCUGAUAAAGGACAUGCAAACCUUUUGCAAGUCCUUAUUCCCAGUGGUGGACUAUGCCUACUGCACCAUCCCCACUUACCCCAGUGGGCAAAUUGGAUUCAUGUGCUGCAGUAAAAACGCUGAAACAAAUUUCCGUGUGCCCCUGAAAGAGCUGUCCAAAGACGAUAUUGAAAGUAUGAAUCUUAAAUAUUACAAUGCUGAAAUCCACAAAGCUUCAUUCAUCCUGCCAGAGUUCGCAAGAAAGGUUUUGAAUGAUGCAUGACCACUGCACCCAGACCCAGAAGCGUCUGCACCUCAAAGCUCAGCACUCGCAUCAGAAAUCUCUGAAAUCUACAGAGGAAUUAUGUCCUGUGUAGAGGGAGAUCAUUUCAGUCUUUCACUGUUACCAGUCUGUUUCACUCAAACUGUUUACUUUUUUAUUGUCAACUUGAUCAAACUAGUGAAGUAUAACCAUGAAAGCUGACCUCAGACUAAAACUAGUGUUCCCUUUAUCAAUGUCAUUGUAUCGCUCAGUAUGUACAGUGUAUGCAGUAUAUAUACAUGUGUUGCUUUUUAUUUUUAAUGUUACAAAUUUACCUCCUGCUUUACUGUGUCAUGGGUCAUACAUGUUUAACUCAUCUCUGCUCAUGAACCUUAUAGUGCCUGUCAUCUUAAACCUGUGGCUAAAGGUUGUCCUAUUCAGAGCAGGCAGGGAAAUGGUUAUGAAUUAUUAUAGUAUUUUAAGAUUUGUAAUCCAGCAAAUAGACGUAUUGAUGGGAUUAUGCAAGUGUAACUUCAAACCUUGUCUCGCCAUAUACAGUAUGUGCAUCAGGCGUAAGACUAUUAUCAUGUAAUUUAUCCCAAUGCAAAGAUGAAGCAUUACAGUUGAUGUAAUAUGACUUGUACCUUGUAGUAAAACAUUGGGAUGUUUGAUGCUAAUGAGCUAUAAAACUGUUUUCAUAAUAAUUAUGAACUGUUAAUAAAUCCGUAUAAUCAGUGCUAGACUACACCUGGAC